GGCCGGCCCGGGCCGCUCCAGUAUAAAUACGGCCAGCGACUCAGGAGCAGGCAUCAGUUAGUCCAAGACAAGCUGCAAACCAUCACCAUGAAGGCCGUCAUUGUUGCUCUCUUCGCCGUUCUGGCUGUUGUGGCCGCCGUGCCCGCUAAGGACCUGAAGGGUUCCGAGGCCGUGUACGUCGCCUCCCCCUACGUCGCCUCCGCCUACCCUGCCGUCUCCGCCUACUCCGCCUACGGCGCCGUCCCCGCCGUCAGCACCUACUCCGCCUACGGCGCCGUGCCCGCCGUCGGCUACAGCAGCUACGGCUACGCCGCCUCCCCCUACGCCUACCUGUACCGUUAAGCGCCAACUCCACGCCAGCUUCGCACCCCACCGACUUGCUGCCCCAUGACUACGGACCCGGACUUUUCUGGAAAACCAAAUCAAAUAAUUUCGGAGGAGAUUACAUCAUGGUUGUGAUACAUCUAAAUUUAAUAAACUGAUAGCAAUGUAGUA